GGAUUUCCCUGACUCAGUGUGACUUGCCUUUGACACUGAGCGUUGACAGAAAGCGGAGCAGAAGAGCAUCAAAACAUGGCGACUCAAAACAAUCCGCGGAAAUUCAGCGAGAAGAUUGCUUUGCAUAACCAGAAGCAGGCACAAGACACGGCGGCGUUCGACGAAGUGAUGAAAGACCUCAGCAUUAAUCGGGCUGCCAGGUUGAAGUUGCAGACGACUCAGUAUUUGCAGUUGGGACCUAACCAUGGGCAGUACUAUGGAGGAUCGUUGCCGAACGUAAACCAGAUUGGAAGCAGCACUGCUGAUUUUUCUUUCCAGGAUUCUGGGAUGGAUGCAAACAGCUCAUCGCGACACCACGGGCUGGUGGACAGAGUCUACCGCAACCGAAUCACAUCACCCCAUCGGAACCCUCUCACUGUCGACAAACAUGGACGCCAGAUUGACAGCUGUCCGUACAGCUCGGUAUAUUUGUCACCGCCACCUGACAUCAGCUGGAGGAGGACAAACUCUGACUCGGCGCUUCACCAGAGCACAUUAGCUCCCGGCCAGCAAGCCUCCUUCAUGGGUGGGUUCCAAGAGCUCCAGCCCAAGCAAGGAUUUCAAAUUGUCAAACAGGAGGUUGAAGAAGAAAUGCCCAAAGAGAACUGGGACUGCAAAAAGGAUGUUUCUAGAUCCAAAUCAUAUGAAGUCCCUGGAAUCCACAUAAUUCCAUCACCGGAGCAGCAUCUCAAACCAGUUGCUCACAGCACUGGCGGUUCUCUGCCUGACCUAUCAAACAUUAAGUUCCCUCCUCCGCUAUCCACCCCGCUGGACUCAGACGAUGCUUCGGCCGUCUCAUUGAGUUCUUCCAGCAACGGCGCCAACAUGCUGGAUAAAAUACAAGGAUUGAACACCUCUCAGCCCGCAGUAACCAUGGAGACGCAGUCUGGGCAGGACAACAUGGAUCCUCUUAUUCUUAACACAAGAGACUUUCACCAGCAGCAGAACUUGCAGCACUCGCCAACAUCGGUGCCGCUCCCACUCUCUCAGGUUGCAAUCAAUGCCAUGAACCUUGAACAGCAGUUAUCCCAGUAUGCCUUCUUCAAUCAGCCUCCGCCAUCCCAAACACACCAGAACCAGCCUGCCUGCCCACUCCAACAAUACCGCAGUAGGGUGGGAUCCUCUGCCAAUCAAUCUCCAACCUCCCCCAUCUCCAACCAUAGCUUCUCACCUGGAACUUCGCCUCAACAGCAGCAGCAUAACUCCAUCCUGGGCAGUGUCUUUGCAGACUUUUAUGACCAGCAGCUUCUGUCCAUUCAGGCCAGUGCUCUCUCUCAACAGCUAGAGCAGUUCAACAUGAUGGAAACACCCAACAGCUGUGGUAGCUUCAACAACCAGACCUCCACACUCAACCACUCCCAGGCCUUGAUGGGCUUGUCCGGUGGCCACUGUAACCUCACGGACUCUCAGCAGCUUGGCUACAGUAGUCACGGCAACAUCCCCAACAUCAUUCUCACAGUGAGUGGCGAGUCUCCUCCCAGCCUGCCCAAUGACCUGGGUGACUCCCUGUCAAGCGAUGUCAGCUUCGACGUCGACGACCAUUUCCCACUGGAUGACCUAAAAAUCGACCCACUGACACUUGAUGGCCUGCACAUGCUCAAUGACCCGGACAUGUUGCUCACUGACCCGGCCACAGAGGAUGCCUUUCGACUGGAUCGCCUCUGAGUGGAUCACAACUUGCCCGAUGGACUUCUAUAAGAAAGCUUUUGAAAGAGAGAGGCCAGCUUCGCUUCUUCUGAACUAGAAAAAAGGGCAACAUCCUUAAAACUCAAGGUAUGAAUUCUGUUUGUGGUUCUGCCAAUGACACGCCUCUUUAUUGUGAUAAAUUGUUCAAAGAAGUAGGAGUCGAGUCAAACUGACAAAGCAGUGUAAAACAAAAGCAGCUACAAAGUGUUCUGACGUGGUGGACAUCAUGUUGAGAUUUUACUUGACUUCUUAAUAACACCAUACUUAACCAAGUUACUACCCUAUUUUCCGCACUAUAAGGCGCACCGGAUUAUAAGGCGCACCUUCAAUGAAUGGCCCAUUUUAAAAUUUUAUCCAUAUAUAAGGUGCACCGGAUUAUAAAGCGCAUAGAAUAAAUAACUCAAUGUUGCUCAAACGUUAAUGCAGUCACAAUAUAGUAAUACUUGAAAUAGUGAAAACAAUAACAAUAUAUCAAUAACUCAACGUUGCUCAAAUGUUAAUAUCACACAACACGCAAAAUAAACACGUAAAAACACGCUUACUUUAAUAAAUUAGUCCUCAUCCACGAAUCCAUAUUGGUCCAUAUAUAAGGUGCACCGGAUUAUAAGGCGCACUGUCGACUUUUGAGAAAAUUGGAGGUUUUUAGGUGCGCCUUAUAGUGCGGAAAAUACGGUAAUUAAAUGUAUUAUGUGCCAGAUUGCUACACAAUUACUUUUGGUGGCUGAACACUUUUUUUUACCAAUCAGAGGAUAGAAAAACGCUGGCAAUAGGCAGAUUUGAAAUCUGGAGUUUGUCAUGGCGUUUUUAUUCUCCAAGGAAGUUGACCUAUGCAAAACACAGAAUUGAUUUUGGACUACAAAGUGAUACUGAUAUUAAGUUUUUAGAGCGCACAAAGAUGCUGCCAUGUUUAUACAGUGUAUAUAUGUUAAUAUUUUUAAAACUUGCCCAAAAACAAAAAAAGAAUCAACAGAGAAACAAAUUGCACUUGCUCCCAAAGAUGACCUCAGUGUAGUAGGAAUUUAAUUUUAAACAGUCUCUGUUGUCAAAGAACAUUGUGUGGAUGCAAUGAAAAUGUAUAUAACUAUGCUCAAAAUGGCUUUCCAUCUGUAGUAAGCUCACAUCUGGUAAGGUUGCGUGAGUAUUUCAAAUUGAAUUUUUGGGCUAAUAAUUUUGAUUCUCCAUGAGCAGAAAGAUAUCUUUGUUUUCUAAACACUACAGUGAAACCGAUUACAGUCAAUGUCUUCAUCAUACUGUAUUUAUCAUGCCUGUCUAAUAAUUAGACAAAUUUAUUGUCCAUUUGGUGUCUGGGUUUGUAUUUCAAUGGUUGUUGCAUUGCACUUUAUGCUUUUAUGUAAAAGACUACUUUAAGAGGCAAUUUUGAUACCGAACAUCUAUGUGAUUUCUUCAGAUGCGAGUUUAAUUCAUUCCUAAUCCAACAGUUUGAGCAUCACGAUUAUUCAUUGCGGCCUCUUAUGGUGUGCCCGACUUGGCCAUCGGGUGGCAGUAUAUGACUUUCAUAAUUAUAAGCGACUCAGUAAAUUAAGUCAUGUAACUUGUUAAAAAUAGUGUGUGUGCAUUCACAAUAUAAAUA